GGAGGAAGGCCUGGCGGGCGUCAGGGGUGGCGGACCAGCGCCCAGUCCUCGGUCCGGGUCUGACCGGCCAUGGAGCCCGAGCCGCCGCUCUAUCCGGUGGCAGGGCCCGCGGGCCCGCAGGGCGAUGAAGACGGUUUCGGGGUCCCCGAUGGACCCGACGCCCCGCUGGACGAGCUGGUGGGCGCGUACCCCAACUACAACGAGGAGGAGGAGGAACGCCGCUACUACCGCCGCAAGCGCCUCGGGGUGCUCAAGAACGUGCUGGCGGCCAGCGCGGGCGGCAUGCUCACCUACGGCGUCUACCUGGGCCUCCUUCAGAUCCAGCUUAUCCUGCACUAUGAUGAGACCUACCGCGAAGUGAAGUACGGCAACAUGGGGCUGCCAGACAUCGACAGCAAGAUGCUCAUGGGAAUCAACGUGACGCCCAUCGCCGCCCUCCUCUACACGCCCUUGCUCAUCAGGUUUUUUGGCACCAAGUGGAUGAUGUUUCUGGCCAUUGGCAUCUAUGCCCUCUUUGUGUCCACCAACUACUGGGAGCGCUACUACACUCUCGUUCCCUCUGCUGUGGCUCUGGGCAUGGCCAUUGUGCCUCUUUGGGCCUCCAUGGGCAACUACAUAACCAGGAUGGCCCAGAAGUACUACGAGUACUCCCACUACAAGGAGCAUGAGGACCACGGCCCCCGGCAUCGGCCGCCUCCGGGCUCCCACGCGCCCUACCUCCUGGUCUUCCAAGCCAUCUUCUACAGCUUCUUCCAUCUGAGCUUUGCCUGCGCCCAGCUGCCUAUGAUUUACUUCUUGAAUGACUACUUGUAUGACCUGAAUCACACGCUGUACAAUGUGCACAGCUGCGGCACUCAGAGCCACGACAUCCUCAAGGGCUUCAACAAGACAGUUUUGCAGACACUCCCCUGGAGCCGAAACCUCAUUGUGGUGGAGAGCGUGCUCAUGGCAGUGGCUUUCCUGGCCAUGCUGCUGGUGCUGGGCCUGUGUGGCGCUGCUUACCGGCCCACAGAGGAGAUCGACCUGCGCAGCGUGGGCUGGGGCAACAUCUUCCAGCUGCCCUUCAAGCACAUGCGGGACUUCCGCCUGCGCCACCUCGUGCCUUUCUUCAUCUACAGCGGCUUCGAGGUGCUCUUUGCCUGCACUGGAUUCGCCCUGGGCUAUGGCGUGUGCUCCAUGGGGCUGGAGCGCCUGGCCUACCUCCUCAUAGCUUACAGCCUGGGGGCCUCAGCUGCCUGCAUCGUGGGUCUGCUGGGGUUGUGGCUGCCACGUUCCGUGCCCCUGCUAGCUGGGGCCGGCCUGCACCUGCUGCUCAUCUUCAGCCUCUUUUUCUGGGCCCCUGUGCCUGGGGCUUUGCAACAAAGCUGGAUCCUCUACAUGACAGCUGCCCUCUGGGGUGUGGGCAGCGCCUUCAACAAGACGGGGCUCAGCACACUCCUGGGAAUCCUAUAUGAAGACAAGGAGAGGCAGGACUUCAUCUUCACCAUUUACCACUGGUGGCAGGCGGUGGCCAUCUUUGUCGUGUACCUGGGCUCCAGCCUGCCCAUGAAGGUCAAGCUGGCCGUGCUGCUGGCGACGCUGGCGGCGGCGGCGGGCUCGUACCUGUGGAUGGAGCAGAAGCUGCGGCGCGGGCUGACCCCGCGCCAGCCCCGCAUCCCGCGGCCCCAGCACAAAGUGCGCGGCUACCGCUACCUGGAGGAGGACAACUCGGACGAGAGCGACGCGGAGCGCCCGCCCGGAGCCGGGGCCGACUGCGCGGAGCCUGCGCCCGCCGGGCCAGGCCUGGGCCCGCAGCCCGACGGCCCCCAGCGCCGGCUCUGCCCCUACGAACAGGCGCAGGGGCGCGAGGGGCCCGAGGAGCAGUGAGGGCCCGGGCGCGGCCCUGGACUCUGCUCGCCCGCCUCAGUUUACCAUCGCUCAGUUUACCCCACCAGCAAGGAGGACCCCGGGUCUCCCGGGAACGCCACAGGCGCCGUCUACCGGAGGGGUGAGGGUCGCCCCGCAGGGCCAGCGUGGGGUCCGAGGGGGGAGGGAGACUCGGUGCGCCCCGCCCAACCCCCCCCUCUCUCCCCAGGCUCCGCCCCAACCCCCGCCUGCCCACCCCAAGCUCUGCCCCC